AGAGAAAGAUAAUUCCGUUUACAAAGAAUACCUUGAGAAAAAGCAGGAUGAGAAACACAAAUAAUACCAAUCUAACAGGACUACAGUCUCGUAAUAGCUCUUCUAUCAGUCAAAUAUUUGUUAAUGAUCAUAUUAGAGGAGGAACUUUUGAUUCCAGAAAAAACGAAUUAAAACAAUCUGCAAAAAGAAUCAGUCUGAUGAGAGAGGAACUCUUGUCAAAAGACUCAGAAGAAAAACUCAACCAAGCAUUUAAGAAAGCACUUGAUGAAGCGAAUUUAAGUUCUACUUCAAGAGUGGAAGUGUAUGAAGAUCCUCAGAUACAUCAACAACAUGAAGAUCAAAUAAGAAUGACUCGUCAGACCCAAUCUAAAUUUAUCAUUAAAAAGGGAAUUAGAAAGAGGGCUUUAGGUUUUAGAGAGAACUCAAUACGAUUAUCUCAAAGAGGUGUUCAUGUCUUCAUUCCUCCUCCACUCAAGAAUGGGCCAACCCCUGAUAAACUAUCGUCAGUUAAUGAAGAAUGAAUAAGCAAAGGAUAUAUAGAGACUCCUAGAGAUCACUUCAAUGAUAAAAAUAUAAUGGUAGAUGAUCAAUACAAUAACUCCCAACCCGGUUCUAAUGCUCACUUGAGCCAAAAGUUUGUUCGCCUCAGAAGAAACACUUCAUAUCUAAACUCUCAGCAGGUGACAAGGAACACAAGCAAAGAGAAAAUCUCAGUACAAGAAAAAGAGCAUAUGCUCAACAUCACUUCGAGCCAUUUAGAUGUUGAGAAAGAUAUUCUCUAUGCUGAUAACACUAAUUUUAUUGUUGGCAAUCCACUAGAGAAGAACCAUACAUGAACUGAAGGUGCCAAGCUCAUAACAAAUGAUUCCAAAAUCUUAAGCUCUUCAGAUGCCAGUGAGGAGAAAACUAUCCUUAAAAGCGUAGGCACAAAUGUGGGUCUUAAUGGACCCUUUGCCUUCAACUCUGAUGACUACAAAUUGCCUUCAAGGAAAUAAAAAUUAGAUUAUGUGUUAUCAAUACUAUGCUUGAGAUUGGGGUUUUGGGGUUUUGG